ACCCCAGUGAUGUAGUUUAUGCCUUAGGCAUGAAUGUAAUAUAUACCACCUUCAUCCACUCUCAUUCAUACAUACACACCCACAUUCAUAUAUAAUAUAAAUGAAAUAAAAGAAAUGAAAUAGCAAGAUGCCCCGCACCGACGAAGCCGACCACUUCAUCAACGCCGUCUACUCCGCCGUACAAGAGAUCCCUCGCGGAAGGGUAACAACCUACGGCCAUAUCGCGACGUUAUUAGGAUAUCCGAAGCGCCCCCGCCAAGUAGGAAUCAGCCUGAAACAUCUCCCCGCCGCAGAAACAGACAACUAUUUCCAUUCGGGAAAUGUGCCCUGGCAGAGGGUUAUUAAUUCCAAGGGGAUGAUUUCGCAUCGAGAGCCAGGGAGUGCGGAGCGACAGGCGGAAGCGUUACGCGGGGAAGGGGUGGAGGUGGAGGAGGAUAGUAUGGGGGAGUGGUAUGUGGAUUUUGGACGGUAUGGGUGGUUUCCGGAUGUUUUGCCUAGUGAAAUUACUAGUGAUGAUGAUGAGGGUAGUAGGUAGGCUACGCAGAUGGAUUCUCAAGUGAACAGUGACUUCCAUUCAUGCACACAGUAUCUACAGUUCCCCUCGGAUAGAUCCCAUUUUCGGCCCAUGCUUCCCCCCAUCAGAUCAGCAGUGGGAGCAUGUAUCAAACAUGGCACCAGACACGGACAAGGAAAUAAGUAGGAUAGGAUGGUAAGCUCGCGACUCUAUAAGUGGAAAAGUUGAGAGAGAAAUCGGACAGAAAGAGAAAAAGGUCGGGGAGGG